AUGUUGAGGAUAGUGUCUGUCACUUGUGCUGUCUUAGCCGUUUCUGAUGCAUUCCUCUUCGGAGGCUCCGGCGGCGGUAGCUGCGGAUGCGCCCCACCACCACCUCCCCCAUCAUGCAGUUGUGCCCCUCCACCUCCAGCUCCAUGUGCUGCCCCCGCUCCUGCAUGUGGAGGUGCCGUAGGAGGAGGCUACGCUCAAGCACCAGCUGUCGGUGGACCGAUCGGUGGUUUCGGAGGCGCCGGAGGAUAUGCGGGACCUGCCCCAUACGGAGGAGGAGCAUUCCCAGGAGCCGGAGGCAGCUAUGCUGGUGCCGGAGGACUUGGAGGAGGUAGCUUCGGCGGUGUUGGCGGCGGAGCCGGAUAUGCUGCACCCGGAGGAGGAUUCGGAGGAAAUGGUGGAGGCUUCUCACAAGGUGGUGGUGCUGGAUAUGCCGGUCCCGCUCUCGGAGGAGGAGGUCCAGUCGGUGGUGCAGGAUACGCCGGUCCAGCAGUCGGAGGUGGAGGUCCAGUCGGUGGUGCCGGAUACGCCGGUCCAGCAGUCGGAGGCGGAGGUCCAGUCGGUGGUGCCGGAUACGCCGGACCAGCAGUCGGAGGUGGAGGUCCAGUUGGAGGAGCUUCAUACUCUGAAGGCCCAGCUGCCGGCGGAGUCGGUGGUGGCCAAGGAGGAUAUGCCGGAGCCCACUAA